GUGAGAUCAGCCGGAGGAAAGAGAGCGCUGAGCCCCAGCUGGGACCAGCGUAGUGACAGAAGCCGAGGAGGACGCCCACUACGACCGAUGGAGGAGAAGCGUAUUUUGUGCGUCGGCCUUGUGUGCCUGGACAUAAUCAGCGUGGUGGACAGUUAUCCGGAGGAGGACUCGGACACUAGGUGUUUGUCGCAGCGCUGGCAGCGUGGAGGGAAUGCCUCCAACACCUGCACCGUUCUGGCCUUGCUGGGGGCCCCCUGUGCUUUUAUGGGCUCACUAGCUCCUGGUCAUGCUGCAGACUUCAUCUUGUCUGAUUUCCAGCGCCGCAAGGUGGACAUUGCCCACUUGGUCUGGCAGAGCCAGGGGGAGACACCGUGUGCCUGCUGCCUCAUCAACUGCCGCAACGGUUCUCGGACAGUCACUCUUUAUGACACCAAUCUGCCAGAUGUGACAGCUGCUAACUUUGAACAAGUCAACCUGUCUCAAUACAAGUGGAUCCAUUGGGAGGGGAGGAAUGCUUCGGAGCAGGUGAAAAUGCUGCAACGGGUGGAAAAGUAUAACCAAACCUGCCCACCAUCUGAGCGAGUGACCACAUCUGUGGAGGUGGAAAAGACAAGGCCAGAACUGUACCAGCUGUUUUGCUACGGAGAUGUGGUCUUUGUCAGCAAAGAUGUGGCCAAGACAUUUGGAUUCUACUCAGCUCCUGAGGCUGUGAAGGGGCUCUACGGGCGUUUGAAGCCAGGAGCCACCUUGAUCUGUGCUUGGGCUGAAUAUGGAGCUGAUGCAAUGGGACCAGAUGGGCUGCUGGUGCAUUCAGAUGCAUUCCCCCCUGAAACACUUGUGGACACUCUGGGGGCUGGAGACACAUUCAACGCUUCUGUGAUCCUGGCUCUAAGCAGGGGAAGAACACUUCCUGCAGCAUUAACCUAUGGAUGCCAGGUGGCAGGCCGGAAGUGUGGGGUUCACGGCUAUGAUGGGAUCGUGUGAGCAAUGUGAUGAAAGCUGUAGCUGCUGGAUUUCACUGGACCACGGACUAAUACUGUAUUUCCCACGGUAGUGCUCCACUUGUUGGUGGCGCUGGUGCUGCCCCCUGGCAUCUCCUGCAGGUGGGAAGGCAUAUCAGGCUGCCUGCCAUACAUACCACGUGCAGUCUGGCUGAGCUGGCUCAGAUGCUCCGGACUCUUGCUGGGAGGGAAAGAGGCUUCGCUGUAUAACCAUGAAAAGAUCAAUAAAAUACUUGAAGCUGC